AGCAUCAUCAGUGCUGAAGCCGCUCCGCAGGCUCUGGGAUACAAAUAAAUAAACAAUUAAAUCCUAUUAAAGCACUCCUUGGACGCCGGAGUGACGGUGCUGCGACAUGGACGAGCAAAAGGAGUCGCUCCAAAAGAUCGUCAACACGUUGGCACUAAAGAAUGAGGAGAUCCAGAACUUCAUCUGCUGUCUGAAGCAAAAUCUACAGAAUCUGGAGGCAAACUCCACCCGUGUUCAGGAGGAUCUGGAGUCUGAGUUCAGCUCCCUGCAUGCUGUUCUGGACGAGCUGAAGGAGGGGAUGAUGACCCGAAUCAAACAGGAGCGCGCCGGUCGUACAUAUGAGCUGCAGAAUCAGCUGAGCGCCUGUACAAAAGCCCUGGAGAGUUCGGAGGAGCUGCUCGAAUUGGCCAAUCAGACGCUCUGCUCAUCUGAGACGGACGGCUUCACCCAGGCGGCAAAAGACAUAAAGGAUAGUGUUACCAUGGCUCCAGCUUUUCGACUCUCUUUAAAAGCUAAAGCGAGUGACAGUAUGAGUCACCUGAUGGUGGACUUUACUCAAGAGCGCGAAAUGCUCCAGGCCAUCAAAUUCCUCCCAGUUCCUGCUACUCCAGAGAUCCAGGAGUCUGAGUGUCAGGUGUGUGAUAACUCUGUCACUGCGGUGUGGACGUUACCGGAACCAGACUCUAAAAUCGACCACUACAUUCUGGAGUACCGGCGAACCAACCACGAGGGGCCACCACGCGCUCGAGAGGAACAUCCGUGGAUGGUGGUGGAGGGGAUUAAAGAAACAGAGUACACGCUUACAGGCCUUCGCUUCGACACACGUUACAUGACGUUCCGGGUGAAGGCGUGCAAUAAAGCUGUAGCAGGAGAGUUCUCUGAGCUGGUUACUCUGGAGACCCAUGCGUUUGUGUUUAAGCUGGACGCGGGGUCGGCCCAUCAGAACCUGAAGGUGGAGGACCUGAGUGUGGAGUGGGACAGCAGUGGGGGGAAAACGCCGAUCCAGGACAUCCGCAAGGAAAAGAACCGAACCAGCUCUCCCAUGCACUCUCCGGCCCGGACGGCCAUGAUGUCUCCAAAGAGAGCGCCGUCAGCCCGUGUGGGUCGAGACCGCUUCACGGCCGAGUCCUACACUGUUCUGGGUGACACCAUGAUCGACUCAGGACAGCACUACUGGGAAGUUCGGUUCGAUAAAGAGAGCAAGACGUUUGCUGCGGGCGUGGCACUGCGCUCUCUUGGACGAUUCGAUCAGCUCGGGAAGACUAGCGCCUCCUGGUGCGUCCAUCUGAACAACUGGCUCCAGCAGAACCUCAGUGCCAAGCACAACAACAAGGCGCGUGCGCUGGACUGCCCCAUCCCUGAGCGCAUGGGCAUCUACUGCAACUACGAUGAAGGAAUGUUGUCUUUCUACAACGCCAAAACAAAAGCCCUCAUGCAUACUUUCCGGACCAAGUUUCAGCAGCCGGUUAUUCCAGCUUUUAUGGUGUGGAACGGGAGUUUCUCAGUUCAGACGGGUCUGCAGGUUCCUACCAUAGUGCAGUGCGGCCAGAAAAGGAACAGCACCGCCAGCAGCUCCAACGCCAGUCUAACCUAGACCUCCACUCGCCCACAUCCACACGUCUUCCUCCACUGCUUUGUAGAACUGACGCCUGUCACUCAGACUCUUAGCGGCAGCAGAAAGUACUCAUGUAUUUACCCCAAGGUGUGUGGAAAUGGAGAGGGGGGGAUUGAGAGAAGCACCAGCUCUCUGUGCCUUUCAGCUUUUCUCAUUUCAUCUAUCAACAUGUGCGAGUUACAGUAAGCACAGUCGAACCUGUGUGUGUGUGUAGCAUGGUUUUGUCUUUUGACACAAAUCGUUUGUGUAACUGAUGACCGAAACGAGGUGACAAUUAGGCUGUUUGAGUCGUGAAGAUAUUCUUACAUAUACAUGUACAAAAAAUGUGUGAGGGAAACUGGUGAAAUUGAAAAUGUUUGUGGGUAGAUGUGAGCGUUUUGGUGUGAAUGUGAAAGCACAUCAUAGGGGAAUAGGUGUGGAUGUGAGAGUAUUGUGUGGGCAUAUGUAUGGUAAAAGUGUGAGUGUUGUGCAGAUUUCGUGGGUGUGCAUCUCGUGAAUGUGAGUGCUUUUUAUAGUGUGUGUAUGUGUGAGGUAAAAUUCUGAAUGCAAGUAUUUUUGUGUGGAUGUCUGAUCGCAUGGAUGAGAUAAAAUUGUGAAUGCAAGAGUUACAUGGUACAUGUUACAACCCAUAGCAAAAUUUUGUUGCUUAGGAUAAGCUUUUUCUUGUCUCAUGAGCCUGAAAUGAGCUGUCUCAUUACAAGCUCGACUUUGUCUUUUAUUUCCCCUAAACCCCACUUAGGAGAAACAAAUAGAUAUAACUGAGACACAAAGCAAAACAGUUUUGAGAAACAUUUGAGAAAUCUGAGAUGUACAUGAGAAACAGAACUGCAUUAGAAGGAGAAGCAAAUAAGCCAUAUAUACGAUCAUAAUGAGAUGAAAAUCAGAUAUAAAUGAGAUAGAUGAAACAAUUUAGAAAUAUUAUAGUCAUAUUAAACAUAUCAAAAAUCAUCAGUUGACAGCAUACAGUGUAAUAAAGUUACAAUUCACACAAUAUAACAGACACCAGCAAAAUCUGACAAAUCAAGAUACUAAUUUAUACAAAAUGUUAUAAAACCUGACAAUCUUCCAGUGGACAGAAUCAGUCAAAAAGGAGAUGGAAAAUUGGUUGCUUGCUGUGUGUAAGGGCUACAGGAACAGGCCAAUGCCGGGAAAAGUUCUCUCUCCCCAGCUACAUCAGUCUUCUCUUGUAGUGGACGCCCAACAAGUUUAUCCAAAGACUGCAACUCCUGGAGUUGCUUAGCAUCUAAUGGAACAAAAAAUAUAUAUAUAAAAACAUUUGAGAUUUACCUAAACACCAUUCAGCUACUCCAUUCCCAACUUUCUGGAGGUUGAGAGGUGGGCUUGAGCUUGUUUAUGGGCUGAUGCUUACCUGACUGAUGAUGUGGCGCUGAUGGAGACUCCGGAACAUUCUCCUGCAUUCUUGAUCUCCUAAGGUGGCAUGCUUCUAAAAAACAACCCAGUUAAAGUAAAAUAAAUAUAAUUACCAAGAUAACCUUUCCUCAAACAAACAUAUCGGUCUUUAUUUAUAGAAUGUAACUAACUGAUGUCUAUAAAGUUUUUUUUUUAAAACAACUUAAUAAUACUGAAUCCAGCUGACUCGUUUUUACCAUAAAAAAAAACAAAAAAAUUUUAAACCACACAAAUGUUAGUUACCUAGAUACGCUAAUCCACAUGCUAAACCACCCACAGGUAGCAUUUGAAUUGCAGUUUAAGAACAAACAUAAGCUGUGUAAAUUUCAGCUAAGUUUCUUUUUUACCAAAGACUCUGUGGUUUAAACUUAUUUUGACUCCCUGUCAACAAUAGUUAAUUUUAAAUUUGGCGCCAAAAAGUAAAACCCACCUUCACCUCAGCGUUGUCUUCUUGGUCUUCUUCUUCAUUUUCAUCUGCGACAGGCAGAUGAUGGAUAAAGUGUUUUUUUCCGACUUGACACCGAGGCCUGACAAUGCCCUGCACAUUUCUCUAACACAACUGGCCACUUAAACAUUUUCAGGCUUGGAGCAUGUGUGGGAGAAAUUGUGGAAAAUUAUGUCUUUAUGUACUGUAGGCUUAAUUGGGGUGGCCAUGAAAAAAUGUUGAACAUUCCAGUUUCUUUAGUGUAGAUG